CCAGACCAGCAGGCGGCGGAAAUGGACCUCAGGUGACUCCCAGCGGAAGUAGAAGAAAAAACGCUCAAGCAGCAGCUCGUAUGGAUUCAGUCAGACGGGAUUGCGGUCCGCCAUUAUAGCAAAGUUAGAAGUUAGAAGACGGUUAUUUAUUGUUUCUCAGCUGAUAUUUCAGUAACAAUGUCUUCAGUUCAGCAUCUGAGAGAUUUUAUCAGAGAGAGACUAACUGCUGCUGCGGAAGAAAUCUUCACCGAGGUUGAAAAAACCAUCAUUUGCUACGAGGAAGAGCUCGAUGCUCAGCGCAGAAUGAUGGGGAUCAACUGGAAACCAGAAAUUAAGCUACACAGAAUCGGUUCGGAGCUGCAGAGACAAAGUUCUGACGUCCUACAGCAACAUGUCUGGAAGGAUGAGAAAGAGCCGAUGCAGAAUGUCCAACAGGAUUUUGAGGGGGCCUCCAGUCUGGACCAGGAGGAACCAGAAGCUUCACAGAUUAAAAAUGAACCGGAGGAACUCUGCAGCAGACAGGAUGGAGAGCAGCUGGAGCCUGUCAACCUUCUGGAGACACCCAGUGGUCAGGACCGGGAUUUCCACGAAGUAGAUCCAAACACUAAAGAAUUCUGUCAUAACUACUCAUCCUUAACAUGUGAUGUUUGUGGAAAAACCUUUAAAUCAAAGUAUAAUUCUCAGGUGCAUCACAGAAUGCACUUAGGUUUAAAACCAUUUGUUUGUACAGUAUGUGGAAAAGGUUUCUCUCAAAAAAUUCAUUUGAAGGGCCACAUAAGCAUCCACACAGAUGAGUGGCCUUUUUAUUGCAAAAUAUGUGGCCGAGGUUGUGUUGACCGUCGACGUCUGAAUAAUCACAUGAAUACUCACUCCAAGGAGAAAUCAUUCACUUGUGAAAUAUGUGGGAUAGGAUUCACCCUGCUGAGCUCAUUGAACUCCCACCUGAGGAAACACAACAGAGAGAGACUGUUUUCCUGUCCAACAUGUGGUAAAAUAUUCACCCGCAAAGUUUCCCUCAAAGCUCAUAAGUGGGUUCACACAGGCGAGAAACCUUUCUCCUGUACAGUAUGUGGAAUUAAAUUCAGGACAGCCAAUGGAAUGUACAGCCAUAAAAGAUCCCAUAAAGACCAGGAAACAAAUCUGGUUUAAUGAGCAGGAAGACUGAAGAUUGUUUUUUAACAGCUGUAAUCCACAAUAAUAGAUUAAACAGACAUCCAACAGUUAAAAUGAGAUGGAAUCUAAAAACUUUAUGACUUCAAACAGAAAAAUACUUUAAAACAGAAAUAACAGCAAUAAUUUGAUCAGUCAACAUCAUAAUUGUUAUCAGGAAAUAAGUAGUUUUUGACACAUGUUCUGGACGACCCAGAACUUAAUGUUUGGACUUUUUAAAGUUAUUUAUGAUCUUAUGUUUGCUGUACAGAUGAUCUGUAUUGUUUUCUGUGAAGCUGUUCAUGUUUUAGUGACUGCAGAUGGACGUUAGCACUGAUGGCUAACAUCUGAUGUAAAACAUAUUUUCCUUUGUGCUUAAUUCUGUUAUUCAUGGUUUUUGUUCAAUAAACCAGAAACUUAAUUAGAA